CGCCUCUGCUCUGCUCAUGAAGAAGAAGAAGAAGCUCCGCUGACCUCAGCAUGAUGGCGGCGGCGGACGGAGACAGUGUCGCGGACAAAGUGGACAAAGUGGACAAAGUGGACAAACUGGACAAACUGGAGUUCUCUCUGGACGUUCCCUUCCCGUCGUCCCGCGAGGCUGCCAUCGCUCUGUGCUCUCUGUCUCCGGACCGAGAGCCGAGGAAAGGCGGCAUCAGCAAACAGCUGACGUGUUCGGGCAGCACGCUGUCUGUGAGGUGGAGCGCGGACGAAGCUCGCAUCCUCAGAGUGUCGGUGAACUCGUUCCUGGAUCAUCUGUCGCUCGUUCUGGAGACCAUGGAGAUGUUUGGUCCUCCUGUUCCACAGUGAAGCCCGGCAGACGUCUCGGGACCGAUCCAAUCCUCCUGUCCGGACUCGGGACUCGACUCGGAGUCGAGAUCUGGUUUCACAGGCUGACCAGUCAGAGACAGUAUCAGCUGGACUGGAGCUGAAACCGGUACUAGGGUCGGCAGUACUGGCUCCAGAAACGUGACGAUAGUGUGUCACGAGUCAUUUAUCACAUGUGGACUGCUCACAGCUGAUGAACGUUAAUAUGAAUAUGAUGUACAGAGUUUUUAUUUUCAUUAAAGUUUGAAGAGUAAAUAUG